AUGAAUUCCAUGCAACGAAACCUCGAGGGAAAGUCAGAAGUAUUGCGGAAGUUAAUUCCUGUUGCAACCCAGCUCGAACCUCUUAAUGCUCUCAGCUCUCUAUCUGCCCAAAUUGCUAGCACCGAUCGAAUACUCCUGCUCUCUGCCAUCAAGGAAACCCGAAAGGCCUUUGAACAACGUGUCGGCCUUAUAGAUCGUUGUUUCCGAGUGAAACCUUUCAUACACAAGCAUGGAAAUAGCCUUGUCAGAAUUGAGACCAAAGAGCCCGCCAGCCUUUCCUUCCAGGCUCUGGGAGCCACGUCGGAAGUCUACGAGUACGACGUGGCAAUAAUGAGAGGGAGCAUCGUCCAGCCUCUGCCUCGACUAUUAGCGACCCUUUACGGACAUGGCAUUGAAAUGGGUCUUCAUCCAACCCUCCUUGGUCUGGCUGAUGAGGGUUUCGCUAAUCUAGUAAUCGAAAGGCCACUGCGAGUAGUCGCUUUUUUGGCUCAGUGUUCAGCCAACCUGUGGUUGCAAACUAAUGGCUUGAUUGAAAAAAUCGUGACCUUAUGGUCCUCAUUUUUUCGAUUAUGGGAGCAGAUGAUGGGAAUCUCUACAGCAGAAACAGUGGGAUGUGACUAUCAACUUCUUCAGCAAGCGGCUGCGGUUUUGCACCCGGAUGAGCUGAUUGUUCGCAUGGUGCACAAACUAAAUCUAAAGGACUAUCUAAGUGAAAAGUCUUCGCAACCGAGUUCUGGGAGUGUGCAGGCGGCGGAGAGCCUCCUGCGGGUUCUGCACUUCAUUGUGACUAGCCGAUCUAUCCACGGUGUCGGCUAUUUUGACCCCUCAAUCGUCGCGGCCAUACCCUCCUUACCACAACUCUUUCCCCCCGACUUCAAUGAUCUGGACGAGUCGUUGGAGAUCGAAGAUGCCGUCCUGGUGGAUGAUAUCAUUCACCAGCUCUGCCUGCGUCCUAUGACCCCCUCAGAGGUCUGUUCUGCCCUCCCGUCACACACUUUCCGUAGUUGCCUCUAUGAGUUGCCGCCUUACUGUGGCCUCCGUGGCUCAGCAGGGCACAAUUCCAGCACCUCAAUUGGCGACAGAAAGUUGGCUGUUAGGCGACUAAACGACAAGAUCGGUCCAAUCUCUAACAUAUUGCAGAAAGUGGCCACACAGAUGUUAGUGGGAGAGGAUGUGAAAGUUACUCUGCGGCCUGAUGUUCUGGUCGUUCGAUUUGACCUCUUCCAUCCUUCCUAUGGGUCGAAGCAACAAAGCGAAGCCAAGGACGCAGUCAUUCAGAGCUUGACGCAGGCUCAUGAAGUCAACGCUAACCUCUUCCCGGUGGAUUUUCCUAUUCCUCCACCGCCACCUCGUCCUCGACGACGUUUUCUAAGUCAUCUGAAUGCCCCUAUCCUGCGCUUGCUUCGCUGUCCAACCUUCGUCCGCCUCCUCCGUCAACUGCUGGACAUUGGCAUCAAGUAUGGGAGCCAGCAGUCGAGAUGGUCUGAGACCCUUCUUGAGCUGGUCCUCCAUCUGAUAAUUAUUGCUCUAUACGAGGACUUUGUAGCAUUCACUGAAACUGGCGAAAGACCCUUUCUAAAAGCGGUCAGUCUAGUGCCUGAAGCGUCCGAGAGUGCCGAGGAGUUGGAGCACCUUGCCGAACUACGACACUGGGAGAGGCAAGACCCUCCCGCUUCUACAAACUAG